AUGGUGUCGAUUGGAUUAGAUAUCAGAAAUAAGACUUUCACAGGAACAUUAAAUGGCACUGUGGAUGGACUCCAGCCUUCAUCAGUUUACAACCUCACACUGUAUGCUGUGAAUUCUGCAGGCUUCAGUGCUGCCAGCAGGCGUGUCAGUGUUUAUACAUUAACACAAGCACCUGGAAGUAUCUCGGUGACAACAGUUUCAAGCUCCUCUGUCACGCUAACAUGGGCACGAGUUGAAAAUGCAUUAAUGUAUGGAAUUUUCCUUUAUGCGGACGGCCCUCCCAACAAUCUUAUUUACAUCAUGAAAACAACAACUUUAACUAUCACAUUGAAUAAUCUGCUGCCCUGUACAAAAUAUAUACUUAAUGUUGCCUCAUUCAAUUGGUUUUAUGUCGUUGGAGGGAAAACUGAAGUGCCAUACAAGUAUGGAACCCCUUGUGCUCCAGAAAAUAUCACAGUGACGGGUGACUGCCAGGUAAACACCAUUGAGUUGAAAUGGAGUCCAGCCAACGAUGCCAUUCAGUACACUGCCUAUGCCUUAACUCCAGAUCACCUAAUGCUUGAGUGCAGAAAUGUUGUACCAAACUGCUUCUUUAUGGACCUUAUGUGUGGGACAGAGUAUGAAAUAAGUGUGAUGGCAACCAGUGCAAAAGUAAAUAGCACCAGGAGCCAUGGGAUCAAAGCAAGAACAGCUCCUUGUGACCCUGGUAAUGUGGCUGCGGUUCCCAACUGCAAUAGCAGUGUCCUAGACGUGUCAUGGGGCAAGUCAAAUGGAGCUAACACCUACACAGCACGUGCUCUGGGAAGCAGUGGGCUUACCUACAACUGCUCUUCUGUAAGCACCAGCUGCCAAAUCACAGGGGUACGAUGUGGAGACAGUCUGUCAGUCACUGUCACUGCCUAUGGUAAUGACUGUUCUAGCUGGAGCAGUGCCACUGAUGAAAUUGUGACAGCCCCAUGUAGACCAGAAAUUAUUACAACUGAAACUGACUGUAAUAGCAGUUCCACUUCAGUUCAGUGGACGUACAGUGAAGGGGCCAUUCUAUAUACUGCUCGUGCUAUCAGUGCCAUUGACAACUCAGAAUAUUCCUGUCAAUCCUCUGAUCUGCUCUGCACCCUGACGGAUUUACCUUGUGGCCAUAUGUUCAAGGUGUCUGUGAAAGCUAGCAACUUCCAUUGUGAUAGUGCUCACAGCCAAGAAGUGGAGAUCUACUCAGUCCCCUGUAUUCCAAACAGUGUUUCUUCUGAACUUGACUGCAUUCAGAACACGGUCCUGGUUAAAUGGUCAGAUGACUCUGUCAAUACAACAUACACUGCAACCAUAGAAGAAAAGGGCAUUGGUUUUAACAGCUGCACCACCCAGGGAAGUUAUUGUGAAUUUCAUGAUCUCAGUUGUGGACAGAAUUUUUCUGUAUCUGUGAAGGCAGAUAAUGGUCAGUGUACAUCUGUGUCUAAAUGGACUGCUCCGUCUUAUACAGCCCCUUGUAAACCUACAGAGAUACAAGCCAAUAGUAUCUGCUAUAACAACAGCAUGCAGAUGACCUGGUCUAAAAACCAAGCUUUCGGUAUAGAAAUGUAUUUAGUUCUGAUGCAGAGUGCUGAUGGACAACACCGUGCCUGCCAGUCAACAUCAGAAGUCUGUGUUACUGAAGCCAUUGAGUGUGGAACAAUUUAUGAAGUCACAGUCACAGCUGUGAGCGACAACUGUCAGAGUAUUUCAAGCAAAAUAUAUACAGAUCCAGUACCAUGUUCUCCUAAACUACUAACUGAUACUGUUGCCCCUGAUUUUGUGGUUCUUACCUGGAAUAGUGUGCCUGGAGCUUUGAAUUACACAACAGAGGUAGCAGGUGGUGGUUUAGAGAAGCAUAUUUGCCACACUUUAAAUACAUCGUGUUCAAUGACUGAUCUCCUUUGUGGCCACCAGUAUAGUAUGUUAGUGACAGCUUUUGGUCAGCAGUGCAGCAAUGUGAGUGAUACUCAUCGGUUUCAAACAGCUCCUUGUGUCCCUCAGAAUGUUGUUACAAACUUGGAUUGUGCAAAUAAUGUUGCAACCAUAUCAUGGAACAGUAGCCUUGGUGCUAAUAAUUACACCACUAAGGCAGAAGGAACAAAUGGACAAACAUAUUUUUGCAACUCAACAAGCACUUCCUGUGUCAUUGUUGGCCUAGAGUGUGGCCACUCCUAUCAGGUGACUGUAGAAGCAGCCAAUGAAAAGUCCCUGAGUGGGCCCAGCAUUCCUUUUCUAAUUGUAACUGUACCGUGUGUCCCUAGUAAUGUGCAGACACAGGUCAACUGCGAGUCUGAUUCAGCAACUCUGUCUUGGGGCGCAACUAACGGUGCUGUCAGUUACUCAGCAACGGUGAUUGGUCCUCAGAAUGAAGAGCAUUUGUGCCAAACAGCAAAUCUUUCGUGUAAUUUCCCAGCACUAUCCUGUGGUUUGGAGUACAAUGCUACCAUUUUUGCUGUGGGAGACACAUGCAACAGUGAAGCCAGAUCACCCUUGCCAUUUCAAUCUGGUAAGUGA